AUGAGGGAUCAAGGAUGGGAUAGUCUCUUAGGCAAAGUCAUUUUAUUUUGUACUAAACACGAGAUUGAUGUUCCAUCUAUGGAUGCUCAAUAUGUACCUCAAGGAAGAUCAAGACGUUUUGCUAAACAAGCAACAAAUCUACAUCAUUUUCGCGUUGACAUCUUUUUGGAAGUAAUUGAUUUGCAUCUUCAAGAGAUUGAUAACCGUUUUAAUGAGAAGAACAUGGAGUUACUUACAUGCAUGGCUUCCCUGAGUCCUAGAGGUAACUUUUCAUCUUUUGAUAAAGAGAGGAUACUUAAACUUGCUUCUUUAUAUCCCGAAGAGUUUUCAUGCUAUGAUUUAACGGCUCUUGAUCUUCAACUUGAUGUCUUCUUGGAUUCUAUGCAAAAUGAUGAAAGAUUUCAUGAUUUGCAAGAUAUCAAUUCUCUUUCCAUGAUGCUUGUUAAAACAAGGAAACAUGAGACUUUUCCUCUUAUACAUUUGCUAAUCAAGUUGAUGUUGAUUCUUCCUGUUGCUACGGCAAGUGUAGAAAGAGUGUUUUUCGCAAUGACGUUUGUCAAAAAUAAGUUGAGAAAUAGCAUGGGUGAUCAACUAGUGAAUGAUUGUUUGGUUACUUACAUUGAGAAGGAAGUGUUUCUACAAGAAGCAAUGCAACAGUACGAUGAAGAAGCUAAGACAAACGAAAUUGAAGACGACAGACAGUACAACGAUGAAGAAGCAACAGUAGCAAUGUGCGAAAAUGGUGGGUUUUAG